CGAACCAUGGAAAAAGAAAACCUGGAGAACCUAACCCACUUUGCAGGCUUCGUCCUCCUGGGCCUCUCCUCGUCACCAGAGUUCCAGGGACUACUCUUUCCCCUUUUCCUCUUCAUGUAUCUCGGUAGUCUUCUGGGAAACCUCCUGAUCAUCUCAUUGAUCUUCUCUAACAGCAGCCUCUUCUACGCUCCCAUGUACUUCUUCCUCAGCCAUCUCUCUUUGGCUGACUUGGGAUUCAGCUCUAAUGCUGUGCCCAAGAUGCUCCAGAUCUUGCUGUCCCAGAGAAAUACCAUCUCCUACAGUGGCUGCUUGACACAGAUGUACUUUUUUGUGGUCUUUUGCACCAUGGACAACUUCAUCUUGGCCUCAAUGGCCUAUGACCGCUAUGUGGCCAUUUGUUGCCCAUUACAUUAUGCCACAAUAAUGAGCUAUAAGUGUUGCCUGCUUUUGGCAGCAGGAUCAUGGCUUCUGUCUUUCUGCCAGGGCCUGUUGUACGUUUUUACAAUGUCUCAUCUCGACUUCUGUGGGUCUCAUGAGAUCUCUCAUUUUUUCUGUGACCUCCAUCCUUUACUCCAACUCUCCUGCUCUGAUACCUCCUUGGCCGAAAAAAUACUCAUGUUUGAAGGCACUGCAACCAUGCUUGGACCCCUCAUCCUCAUCCUCCUCUCCUACAUCUUCAUCGUCAGCACAAUUCUGAAGGUCCCAUCAGCCUCAGGAAAGUACAAGGCCUUCUCCACCUGCAGUGCCCACCUCACCACUGUCUCCUUGUUCUAUGGAUCUCUGAUAGGCACCUACAUCUGUCCCUCAUCCACCAACUCUGGCUCCAGGUUGAGAGUGGCCUCGAUCAUCUACACUGUUGUCACCCCCAUGCUUAAUCCUUUCAUAUAUAGCCUAAGGAAUAGUGGGAUACAGGACGCCAUGAGGAGGUUACUGAGGACUUGGCUUCAAAGGAGAACAGGUGUAGGAGAACAAAGAGUAUCACAACUUAAGACCUGA